AUGGCAGGCAAUCCGAUUACAGUUUGUAAAGGACCUCCUAAGCAGUUCCUUGUUCUUGUCGGAGAUGAUGACGGAGCGAUCAGAAGAGGCUUGAAUACACAGCUGAACACUAUCGAAGGAGUGGAAAACUGCUACUACAUUCAGAAUUAUUACUAUUCUGCAAAGUUCGGGAUCAAAUCAUUCUCAACUCUUAGCGAGGUCGUCGAAGAUUUCGAAGCUAACAAUUCCAGCAUGAUGUGCAUGUUCCAUGCAUACAAAUCGAUAAGUUACUUGAAGGAAGCUAAGGAUGUCGCUGACAAAAUUAAAGCAGACACUCGGGUUGUCAUUGUCAAUUCAUUGGAAACUUGUCCCGAUGCGGAACAAGUGGAAAGCUUCGCCAACAGCAAUGAGUUCGAAACUGUAUACAUGCAACCAAACGAGGAACAACUCUUAGAUGCCGAAGAGCACAUGGAAAAGGUUGGCGUUGACCGACUUAUCGAGACUAUUUCCGUAUGCAACUGGCCAUGGAGAGUGAUCAACUCGUUCGGAAUAAGAUCCACCGCAAACGAGGAGGAGGUUACUAAUGAGCAUAAAAUUGGCGAAGGAGACGUGCUGUCAGGAGCAACCGCCGAUCUCCUUAUGCAACACUACGUACACUGGUUCCAAACUGUUACUGAGCCAAAGCUGCCAGCUCCACAGCAUGCUGAACGCGUCCAUCUAUCAGCAGAUUCACCAACUACGACUGAAGAAACCACCAAUCAGGACGAUGUGUCCAUAUCAGUCGACAUUGACUUGGUCUGCACAAAAAAUCAGGAUGAGGCAAAGAACUAG